GAGUUGGCCUUUUUUAGUGAGUUGACGUCAUGUGAUUUACAGGAAACGUUGCAGCAGUCGCCGCAUGCACAGUUUGUCCUUCCUGUCAACUACACCCUGUCCCAGACUCUAAAGUCUCAGUCGGACUCUGCAGUCUCACAGCUCCACACAUGAAGUGAAAACAGAAAGUAGAUUUCCUGGUCUAACGCUGCUUCUUUGAUAUUCUCUGAAAGUCUUUAACUCUGAGACAGAGAACAUGUUUAUUGGAAGAUGUGCGUUUCUCUGCUGGACUCUGCUGUCAGUCUGUCAGAUGGUUUCUUCCUCUACAGGACAGAUAAACAUCACAGCUGAACAUGGACAGACUGUCUCUCUACCAUGUAAAGCUCUGAACAAUGAACCUGUCACAGUGUUGGAGUGGAAAAGACCCGACCUGAAGACAGAUAAAUAUGUUCUUUUAUAUCUUAAUAAUAAAUCAGAAACAGAGGAUCAGCAUCCAUCUUAUAAGAACCGAGUGGAUCUACAGGACAAACAGAUGAAGGAUGGAGACGUGUCUCUGACUCUGAAGGAUGUGACGACUGAUGACAGUGGAACAUACGAGUGUCGUGUUGUUCAGAACAGAGCAAGACAGAUAAGGAGCAUCAUCAGACUGGAUGUAGCUCCAGAACCAGUACCUCCAGUCUGGCCUAAAGUUCUCAAAGUUCUCCUGGUUGUUGUUCUUGGUGUUGUCGUGGGUCUUUUGUUUCAUUGUCGACUCUACUUCAUGUCAGUCCUCCAGGUGGAGGUGGAUUCAGGGGUGGAGUCUGUCCAGCUGCCCUGCAAAACCAUAACUCACCUUCCUAAAGACUCUAGAGUGGAGUGGACAGAUGGAGACAACAGGAAGGUCCAUGUGUAUGAGAAUGGCUCUGACCAUCCUGAAGAACAGAACCUGAUUUAUAGAAACAGAACGAAGAUGAAUGAAGACCUGCUGGAAACUGGAGACCUCAGUCUGACUCUGAAAUACCCCACAGAUGGAGACAACAACACCUACACCUGCAGAGUCUACGACAAGGAGGGAGAGAUACUGAUGAUGAAACAAGUGGAGCUCAGAGAGAAAGAACCACCUCCAGUCUGGCCUAAAGUUCUCAUAGUUCUCCUGGUUCUCCUGGUUGUUGUUCUUGGUUUCGUUGGGGGUCUUUUGUUUCAUUAUCGACACUACUUCAUGUCAGUCUACCAGGUGGAGGUGGAUUCAGGCGUGGAGUCUGUCCAGCUGCCCUGCAAAACCUUAACUCACCUUCCUAAAGACACUAGAGUGGAGUGGACGGACGAAGACGACAGGAAGGUCCAUGUGUAUGAGAACGGCUCUGACCAUCCUGAAGAACAGAACCAGAUUUAUAGAUAUAGAACAAAGAUGAAUGAAGACCUGGAAACUGGAGACCUCAGUCUGACCCUGAAAUACCUCACAGAGAGAGACUACGGUACCUACACCUGUAGAGUCUACGACAAGGAGGGAAAGAUACUGAUGAUGAAACACGUGGAGCUCAGAGUGAAAGGCAGCGCCUAUGGCAGUGUCCCGGAUCUAUCGUCUCCUGUGAUGGCUGAAGAUGUAGUUUGAUCAGGUUGUUGAUCUUUGAUCAUUGAUCAGUGAAGGAUCUGAUCGAUGAAGAGAGGAGGACGCUCUGUCAGCUCCUGGUCCACCUCCCUCUACUGCUCCUUCUUCUACCCUUUAAGAACUGUAGACUCAUUCAGGAAAAUUGAGCUCUGAGUCUUUGUCCUCAUCAUCAUCUUCAUCAUCUUCUUCUGCUGCUGUUUUUUCUUGCUUCAGUUUCGUCUGGUGAAUUUGAGGAUCAUGUAUCCAACAUUAUAUUUUAUUUUUAUAUUUAUGUACUGAAUGAUUUUUUUAAUACUUUUUUAUUCUGCUGGGAGGUUUGUGUAUUUAUUGAACCACCUGAAGAAGAAAUGCAGCCUGAGAUACUGAUACUGUCAGAGAAUGAGCAGCAUGAUGAUGCUGAUGCUGUAGGCUGUUUGCUGCACUGUUGUUUUACUGAGCUUCUUUGCAGAGCUUUGAUGAAUAAAAUGAAGCUGAAAGGA